GGAGGCGAGGGAGUUCCAGCGGUGAUUCUCCGUCCCUGGCAGAGGAACCGCCGCGGAGAAACGCUUCAGACGUCCCGGAAGUACCAUGAGCGGAGGUCCACAGUGAGCCGGCACCGCGGGGACACGCGCACGGAGCGCGCCGCCGUCCUGUGAGGAGGGAGGGAAAACCUGCGGGCAUCACCUGGAUCCGCCUCCGGGACCGGACCGGACCCUGUUUUUAUCACCGGAGCGGCGCGAGCAGCGGGGGAAGCAUGGCCGAGCACGAGAGUCUGGAGUUCGGGAAGGCGGACUUUGUUCUCCUGGACAACGUGUCCAUGGAGGAGUUCAUGGCGAACCUCAAGCUCAGGUUUGAGAAGGGCCGGAUCUACUCCUACAUCGGGGAGGUGGUGGUCUCCGUUAACCCCUACCGCGCCAUGAACAUCUACGGCCGCGACACGGUGGAGCAGUACAAGGGCCGCGAGCUGUACGAGCGGCCGCCGCACCUCUUCGCCAUCGCCGACGCCGCCUACAAGGCCAUGAAGCGGCGCAACAAGGACACCUGCAUCGUCAUCUCAGGGGAAAGUGGAGCCGGAAAGACCGAAGCCAGCAAGUACAUCAUGCAAUACAUCGCUGCGAUCACCAAUCCUAACCAGAGGGCGGAGGUGGAGCGAGUGAAGAACAUGCUGCUGAAGUCCAACUGCGUCCUGGAGGCCUUCGGCAACGCCAAGACCAACCGCAACGACAACUCCAGCCGCUUCGGCAAGUACAUGGACAUCAACUUCGACUUCAAGGGCGACCCCAUCGGCGGCCACAUCAACAACUACCUGCUGGAGAAGUCCAGAGUCAUUUUCCAGCAGGACGGAGAGCGGAGCUUCCACUCCUUCUACCAGCUGCUCCGGGGAGCUCCGGACUCCUUGAUCCGCUUGCUGCACAUGCAGAAGGACGCCACGGCGUACAGCUACAUCAAGGUCGGAGGUCAGAUCAAGUCGUCCAUCAACGACGGCGCAGACUUCAAGGCCGUCGCCGACGCCAUGAAAGUGAUCGGCUUCACCGGAGACGAGAUCCAGACGGUCUACCGGAUCCUGGCCGCCAUCCUGCACCUGGGAAACCUGACCUUCGGCGUGGACGGAGACACGACGCUGAUCGAGAACGUCAAGCUGGUGUCCGUCCUGCGGGACCUGCUGUCCAGCAGCGAGGACGGCGUGGAGAAGGCGCUGCUGUACCGCACGGUGGCCACGGGCCGCGACGUCAUCGAGAAGCAGCACACCGAGCAGGAGGCCAGCUACGGCCGCGACGCGCUCGCCAAGGCCAUGUACGAGCGCCUCUUCUGCUGGAUCGUGGGCCGGAUCAACGACAUCAUCGAGGUGAAGAACUACGACGCCCGGGUCCACGGCAAGAACACGGUGAUCGGCGUGCUGGACAUCUACGGCUUCGAGAUCUUCCAGAACAACAGCUUCGAGCAGUUCUGCAUCAACUACUGCAACGAGAAGCUGCAGCAGCUCUUCAUCCAGCUGGUGCUGAAGCAGGAGCAGGAGGAGUACCAGCGAGAGGGAAUCCCCUGGAGACAUAUCGAUUACUUCAACAACCAGAUCAUCGUGGAUCUGGUGGAGCAGCAGCAUAAAGGCAUCUUCUCCGUCCUGGACGAAGCCUGCAUGAACGUGGGGAAGGUCACCGACGAGGUCUUCCUGCAGGGCCUCAAUGGGAAACUGGCCAAACACGCCCACUACACCAGCCGCAAGCUCUCACCGACCGACAAGAGUCUGGAGUUUGACCGGGACUUCCGGAUCCGUCACUACGCCGGGGAUGUGGUCUACUCCGUGGUCGGAUUCAUCGAUAAGAACAAAGACACUCUGUUCCAGGACUUCAAGAGGCUGCUGUACAACAGCUCCAACCCGGUGCUGAAGGCCAUGUGGCCCGAGGGCAAGCUGAGCAUCACCGAGGUCACCAAGCGGCCGCUGACCGCCGCCACGCUCUUCAAGAGCUCCAUGAUCUCCCUGGUGGAGAACCUGGCCAGCAAGGAGCCCUACUACGUGCGCUGCAUCAAGCCCAACGAGGUGAAGUCGCCGCUGCUGCUGGAGCAGGAGCGCUGCCGCCACCAGGUGGAGUACCUGGGCCUGCUGGAGAACGUGCGCGUGCGCCGCGCCGGCUUCGCCUACCGCCAGACGUACCCCCGCUUCCUGCAGAGAUACAAGAUGAUCUCCGAGUUCACCUGGCCGAACCACGACCUGCCGUCAGACAAAGACGCCGUGAGGCGGCUGCUGCAGGGCUGCGGCUUCGACGGCGACGCCGCCUACGGCAAGACCAAGGUCUUCAUCCGGACGCCGAGGACGCUGUUCAGCCUGGAGGAGCAGCGGGCCGACAUGGUCCAGAGGAUCGUCCUCUUCCUCCAGAAGGUGUGGCGGGGAACCAUCGCCAGAAUGCGCUACAGGCGCAUGAAGGCGGCCCUGACCAUCCUGCAGGCGUACCGGCGCUACAAGGUCAAGUCCUACAUCCGCGAGGUCAUCCGGCGGUUCAAGAACGUCCGGUCCAUGAAGGACUACGGCAGACACGUCAAGUGGCCGACGCCCCCCAAGGUCCUGCGCCGGUUUGAGGACGCGCUGAAGAGCAUCCACAGCAGGUGGUGGGCCUGGACGCUGAUCAAAGGCCUCUCGCCCGAGGAGGCCCUGCAGGUGAGGGCCAAGGUGGCCUGUCUGGAGGCCCUGAAGGGCCACCGGGCCGACAUGGGGCUGCAGCGGGCCUGGGAGGGGAACUACCUGAAGCGGGACAGCCCCGACUCGGCGGCGUCCUUCGCCCUGGUGUCCAGCGAGCUGCAGAGAAAAGACAAGUUCAUGAGAGUGCUCUUCUCCUGCAACGUGCGGAAGAUCAACCGUUUCCACAAGGCGGAGAACCGAACGCUGCUGAUCACCGACCGCCACCUGUACAAGAUGGACCCUCUGAAGCAGUACAAGCCCAUGAAGAGCAUCCCCCUCUACAACGUGACCGGCCUCAGCGUGUCCCCCGGGAAGGACCAGCUGGUGGUCCUGCACACCAGGGACAGCCGGGACCUGGUGGUGUGUCUGCAGGGCAUGCAGCCGGCCGGGGACAGCCGCGUCGGGGAGCUGGUGGGCGCGCUGCUGGGACACUUCAACAGGUGAGGGAACACACACACA